GAAGUGAAACGAGAAGUACCUAGAGAAGUGGAAGUGAGGUCGAGACCAGCCGAUGACUAAGUUUCAGUUCUUAAGUGUUGUGUAGACGUGAGGGUUUACUCCGUGAGCUGUUAUGCUAGGAUCUGCAAAUCCCUGUGUCUGCUGUGGAUAGUGAGUGCAAUAUGGGGCCGAAGUUGGUACCCAAAUGUGUCUUAGAGCUGGCCUGUGUGCUUCUAGUGUUGUGUUUCUGGAUUUAUCCGACAGUUGGUCAUGUGGCUCUUAUUUUUCCUCCAGCUAGGAAGUACGACUUGGAUUUUUUGGACAGUUCCAGGACGAAGGCUCCUUGUGGCAUGCCCAAAGGUGAUCUAAGGACGUCUUUCUUAGAGGGAAGCAAAUUUAAUGUAUCUUGGCAUUUGGGAUAUCCACAUAAGGGUGGGUUCAAAAUACAAUUAUUGGAUGAAUUGGAAAGGCCAGUUUUAGAUUUAACGCCGACGAUACAAGGAUCUGAAUUCGUUUCUAAUGAUCCAACAGCUCAGACAUUUCAAAUACAACUCCCAACUGACUUCACUUGCGAGAACUGCACGUUGAGGUUGAUCCGACAAGCAUUGGAAUGGGGAGCUAAUUACAAAUUUUGGUCCUGUGCGGAUGUCGAUGUUAAGCCAAGGAAAAAAUUUCGAGAAAACUGCGGUGGCCACGGCAGAAAUCUUGUUGGAAGAUGUAAGUGUGAUCGUCUCCACUACGGAGAGCUUUGUCAAUUCAGAGACGAAUGCUUCGAGAAUAGCGACUGUGGCGACCAUGGAAAAUGCAUUGACAUCGAUGCAACCGAAGCUCCCAAGCGGCAGUGUUACUGUCAGUUGGGAUGGUUUGGGCCAGGCUGUAAUAAAAAAUCUCCUGUAAAAACAACGGAAAUAGACUUCGAACUGUACACAGAAAAGAAGCUCAGUGAUACAUUCCGCCUUUACUGGCGAAUUCUCAAAGAACACAAAGAACUUGAAGCUGUUAUGGUCGUUAAUGGCACCAGUUACGCAGCUCUAGGGUGGCGACCUAGAACUAUAACGAAGAGCUGUAAAAACUUUCCUCAAAUUGGGCCCGUCACUUCUAACGCCUCUCCCAUCGGAUCUGCAGCGCCGGAACCAAAUAGUGAACCGAAAAGCGAGCCAGAACCGUCUUCGGAGCCAGAUCCAAGUGCAGAACCUAAAAGUGAACCAGAACAAAAAAGCGAACCUGAACCGGAACCGAGUAGCGAACCUGAACCAAACAGCGAACCAGAACCAACUCCGGAACCUGGCAGUGCACCGGAACCUGGCAGUGCACCGGAACAAAGCUAUAAAAAAUCUUUGUAUUCAAGAAGAUCUGCUUCUCCUACACCUGCCAUUCAAACUGCUCCGCCCCACGCGGACAUUGUUGAGACCAGUGUAUCUUUCCAAGUUAGUAAGAAACAAGGAAGAAGCAAAAGACAGGCUGAAGAACCCGUACCGGAACCUACCUCUGAACCAGAACCAAAAAGUCAAGACCAAGACGCAACGCCAGAACCAGUUGCCGAACCUGAAACCUCUUCUGAACCAAAAUCCGAACCAGAACCCUCUUCCGAACCUAACCCUGAACCGGAACCUAAAUAUGAACCAUCCGCCGAACCAGAACCAUCCUCAGAGCCAACAGGUGAGCCUGCACCUAAAUCAGAACCAUCAGCACAACCCGAACCCACAUCCAAACCAGAACCCGAACCAGUUUCUGAGCCGGUAUCUGCUUCAGAUUCCAGUUCUUCCACUCCUAAAUAUAUCUUGAGGUUUAGUACUAAACCACAACAUAUUUUGGAACCAGAAACUGCCUCAGAACCUGCACCUGAACCUUCUUCUGAACCUGAACCUUCCUCUGAGCCUGAACCUUCUUCUGAACCAGAACCUUCUUCUAAACCCGAACCUUCCUCUGAACCUUCUUCUGAACCUGAACCUUCCUCUGAACCCGAACCUUCUUCUGAACCAAAACCCGAACCUUCCUCAGAACCUGAGCCUUCUUCUGAACCAGAACCUUCAUCAGAACCUCAUCCAACACCUGAGCCCAAAUCUGAACCAGAACCAACUCCUGUUUCCGAAAUACCCUUUUUCAAAGUCCAUGUUGCACCACUUGGAAGUAGUUCAGCAGAAUCAGACGAACACCUCAACCCAUACACGCCCAGACAUGACUUCAGUCCCAUGGACUGCACCGAUAUCGUCAUUGGGUCGGCAAGGGGUACUGCAAGCAGAAUAGCAGACUAUUAUACUAGAGACAGGUCAACUCCUAGAAUGGACAGUUUCUGGGGAGGCAAAAAUGAUCUAACUGCCGCUAUGGGCUUUGAGAAAGAUGGCGUGACCACCAUUCUCUUCAGGAAGAAAUUGGAAGCAAAGGAACCGUCGGAUCAUUCCAUUGAACAGGAACUGAUGCAUGUAAUCUUCGCUCAAGGUCAGGAGAAGGGCAAAUACGUUCAUGUUCCAAAAUCUGGAGUGGAAUCACCGGCAGCAUCUGUUAAAGAUUUCUACAGGCCGGAUGAGCUGAAGUAUCAUGGGCAUAAGGAUCAGAGAGGAGUUGUUGCUUUAAAUUUCUUCGAUGAGAAAAAAAUGGUAUCACCAGCUGGUGCAGCAGCUACCAGCGAUACUGCCGCAAAUACAGAAUGUGGUGGAAUUUGGAAAGUACCGCGAGACUGCAGUCCUGAAAAUAAUACGUGUGAAUAUUCAGCUAAAUGGGAAUUAAUACCGAGAAAGGACACCAUUAGAUUUACCAUAACGACAAAACAUACCGACACCUGGACUGGGAUUGCAUUUUCUAAUGACGAAAAAAUGUCCCAAACUGACGCUAUUCUUGGCUGGGUCGACAAAACGGGAAGGCCUUUCCUAAUGGAUACCUGGAUAUCUGGAUACACUCAGCCAUUCCUUGACGCCUCCCAAAACAUCUUCAAUACGAGUGGAAGGAUUGUUGAUGGAACUACAACACUAUCUUUCCUUCGAAAGAGAAUUACAAAUGAUCCCAAAGACUUAUCGUUCACAAAUGAUCACUGCUUGUUCAUGAUGUUCCCCGUCAAAGGAGGUGCCUUCAAUAGCGUGAACAAGAAGAUCCGUAAACACGAAGAAGUGCCGACUAUUUCUUCCGAGAGGAUCUGUAUCAGAUCCUGCGGAAAUGAUGACGUAUUUGAUGAAUUCCUAACCACAACAGAAGCACCUGGUUUGGGCUACAAUGUCCAAGUCAAAUUGGUAGACUUGGGUGAAAACUUUAAUUUGCCAACACCUGGGUCUUUACAGUAUGAAGACCUAUCCAAUUCCAUUGGGGACAACUUUAAACCAGUCUUUACUAAGUUGCCUGGAUAUAGGCGAAUUAUAGUAGAAAAUAUAAAAUCUGAGGAUAACGACAUCGUGGCCACAAUAAAUUUGCAACUGGACAAAGCAAUUGCCGAAAAAGGUCGUUCCCUCGAUGGUGAAGACAGUAUGGAUGAGCAAGUCCAUAAACUUCUGCAACAGAGCAUUGGCUCUGGUCGCGUGGGAAAUCUCAAAGUCGACCCACAAUAUUUGGUCUUUGAACCGCAAAGCCUGACUUCAAAUAUCAUACCCGACGCCUCCACGAACGAAGACAACGGCUUUUUCAACCUUUCAGAGGCCAAGCUGUACAUCGUUCUUGGAUGCAUCGCCGCCCUCGUCUUCGUGGCCAUCGUCCAGGCCAGCUGCACCAUCUACAAAGCCAGCAGCAAAGCGUCCUCCAAUCAUAAGGACCAUUUGAUACCAAAUUCAGCAUGGAAAGAUUAUUCCGCCAACACCAACUACGCUUUUGAUGCUUUCGAGGCAGAGGAUAACAAGAAACAAAUGAAUGGGAAAGCUCGCAAUGACCGUGAACGCAGUGAAACUUUGCCAGCCAAACACAAUUCCCGACCCCAGAGACCUCAGAGCAGGCCUCCAAGCAUCCCAACCCAGCCACCAGGUGCUGGGUAUAUGGGAGACACCAGGUCUCUGCAAAGACCAAGGGGGGCGUAUCCCUCCACAAACAUGGAGAGGGCGACGUUUUCCUUGCCAAGGACAGCGUACGAUAGAAGUAACAGGCCUAGUCAUGAUAUGCAGCCUGAUUUCUACUUCAUGCCAUCACAGAGGAAGUACUCUGGGGAAGUGGUGCGAGUUUAUGUGGAUUACAACAACCAGCCCAAGUGAAUUCGUCGAUAGUAUUGCGUUUUUAUAAGGAAAUACCUUUAUGUACAGAAAGAAGUUCAAGACGAGUCAUAAUUUGUUUAUUGUACAUUAAAUACAAGGAAUCAGUUCAGAAAUUACAGCCAAGAAAACUUAUUUGUGAUCACUUGAAUAUAACGUGCCUCAACUUAUUAGUUUAUUAUCAUUGUAAAAUAUAAUCCAUAUUAUUUUUAACUGACUCAACUGACACUACCUUAAGUUCUAUAUUUAUGUUGCGUUAAUUUAUUUUUGUAUAUAUGGCUUCUUUCCUAUUUUUUUACAUGGUCGUUGCGUGGAGGCUGUAUGUAUGAAAGAAUUUAAAUAAUGGAAUAAUCUUUUUAUGCGAAAUGUAAUGUUGUGCCCAUAUCAAAGUUACUGAGAUUUUUAUUUAACCAAAGUUCGAUAAAAUUAUAUUGUGUUGUAACAUACAGGCCGUUUGAGAAAUCAGUACAUUCAUGAUACAUAGGCAGGAGGCGUGAAAAAAAAUUUUUUUUUAGCCAUUUAAAUGCUUUAAUGAAAUCGGAGUGACGAUCUUUCUGUUCUAACCUAUUCAUGGCAAUUGGCAAUUCAUAGAAUGUACUUAAUUCUCAGAUUCCCAGUGUACAAAGGAUAGUUCAUCAUAUUUUAUUUCUUGUUAACCAAUUCAUAUUUCUAAUUACAUAUUUAUAUUUAAUAUAGAUACUGAUAGUGGAUAUUUGUGUAUACAGUUUUGUGGAAAGAGAGUUAAUUAUAAUUACCCUAAUACCACCAUUAAUGUUAAUUUCUGAAAAAAAAAACAGCAGAGCAAGACGAAGAUUGCAAUAAAUUAUUUUUUAUAUAUGCAGAUGUUCCACUUCUAUUUUAAAUUCAAUAAUUUUUUCUCAUUCCUCCGUGAAAUUGUAGCAGCCUAUUUUAAUAAAUAAACUCAUUUAACAAAUGUAUUCAAUUAUAUUACUUAAAAGACAUUUGAAUCGUUUAUUGACAUCAGAAUUUGAAAUAAAAUUAAAAUCUAUUUAGUCAUAAUUAGACAUAAUUUAAAAAUGAUACAAUAAUUUUGUCCAGGAAUAUAACAGGUAUAAUUUUGAAAUGGUAAUUGCAUAGCAAUGGAAAAAUCAAAUACAGAAAAUAUACUUUUGCUUUUCGACAUUGUAACUGAACAUACUAAAUAAUAGCUAAAUUAUUUUUAAUUAAUUUUUUAGCAAAAGAUACUUAAGGAGGUUUAUCAGGUACGUCUAAAGUCAAAUGAGAGUUUCUGUAAAUUCGCUAGUGACCAAAGUAGUAAGCCUUUAGAUUUGGCAACGUUGCACUUGGGUGGCGCGCUCGGCUCGACGUUCACUCAUAUGCCACACCUGCGAAUUUCAAAUAAUACACUACGUCGAGAACCACGGCGUUGCCGCUGUCACGCAUACGGAGGUUAAGUUAGUCAACGACAGCAGUCUGAAGGAGAAUUAUUAUAAAUUAUGUAUCUUACAAGUACCUAAUCGAUUUCUAAGAGCUGUCAUAUGGUCCUUUAAUAUCGGUUUCCAAGUUGCUGUGGAAACUGUUCGUCAAUUGUUGGGCAUUCUAAGUGGAAAGACAAAAAAAAUCUGCA